CUUUCCAAUUUUGCAGUUCCCUCCCUCCAUCUCCGCCACUCCUUUCUCCGGAUGGCUCUCCAAACCCUAAACCCCGCCUCCGUCUCCCGCGCCCCGCUCCCGCGGCGCCACCCGCCGCUGUCCUUCCCUCACCUCCCUCCCCGCCGCCGCACCGCCGGGCCGCGCGCCAUCGCCGUCGCCGUCUCCGGCGCGGUCAACGAGGCCAGGAGGCGGCCGCCGCACGGGGGCGGGGAUGGGAAGGAGACGGAUCUCGCCACGCUCGGCAACCUCUGCGUCGACGUCGUGCUCAGCGUGCCCUGCCUCCCGCCGGCGCCGCGCGACGAGCGCGAGGCCUACAUGGAGAGCCUGGCCGCCUCGCCGCCCGACCAGAAAUAUUGGGAGGCUGGUGGAAACUGCAACUUGGCCUUUGCGGCAGCUAGGCUAGGGCUGCGCUGUUCUACACUGGGACAUGUAGGAGAGGAAGUUUAUGGAAAGUUUCUCCUUGAUGUGCUUGAGGCGGAGGGGAUUAGUGUCUUUGGGAUGCUUGAAAAUACUGAUACUAGUGCAUGUCGACAUGCCUAUGGGACGCUUCUUUGCUGGGUUCUUGUAGACCCAUUUCAGAAACAUGGAUUUUGCAGCCGUGCAGACUUUAGUAAAGAGCCAGCUUUCAGUUGGAUACAUAAACUUCCAGCAGAAACCAAGACAGCUAUUCGUCACUCUAAAAUAUUGUUUUGCAACGGAUAUGCUUUUGAUGAAUUUCCUCCUGAUGUGAUCGCAUCUGCUAUUGACUGUGCAAUUGAUGCGGGAACAGCAGUAUUCUUCGAUCCCGGGCCUCGUGGAAAAUCUCUCUUACACGGGAACCUGGAUGAACAGAGAGCACUUGAGCACGCUCUGAGGCUCAGUGAUGUUCUCCUUUUGACAUCAGAUGAGGCAGAGUCACUAACAAACAUCAGAAACCCAAUCGAGUCAGGGCAAGAGUUGCUAAGGAGAGGAAUCCACACAAAAUGGGUUGUCAUCAAAAUGGGUUCCAAGGGAUCAAUCAUGAUCACUGGAAGUGCCGUUUCAUGUGCACCUUCUUUUAAGAUUCACGUUGUGGACACAGUUGGAUGCGGAGACAGCUUUACUGCUGCUAUAGCUUUCGGGUUCCUCCACAAUUUGCCGGCAAUUAGCACAUUAACACUAGCAAAUGCAGUGGGUGCUGCAACUGCCACCGGAUGUGGAGCUGGUAGGAAUGUUGCUCGCCUAGAUAAAGUACUACAUCUCUUGAGAGAAUGCGACCUGAACGAGGACAACACAACAUGGAGCGAGCUGGUUGAAGGAUGCUCAGCCUGUCCUGAAGUCUCAAUCCUGUUCGAUGCAGCAACCAAUGGCUUCAAUGACCGCCGCCUUGCGAAUGUUGUUCCUAUUAGGGCCGUGGUUUCCAACCUUCUGUCAAUGUUAGAGGCGGUGCCGGAGCGAAGCACUGUCCAGGCUUAAUGUCGUGCUGAAUAGUAGAUUGCUGUAUUUUUGACACCCGUAUAGAUCCUUUACUGGUUUGUCAUGCUGUUCUCAGGUGAUGAAUGAUAGUUGGAGGCCAUGCUCCAGUCAAAGCUAUCUGUUGAUAAGAAUGUCAGCUUGGAAGCCUUUUAUUUUUGCCCUUGUGUGCGGGAUUUGGAAGUUACUCUCGCAGUGGACCAUCUCACCUUUUGUUCUAACUUGACAAAGAUUUGUCACUAUACAGUGCCUCCUUUAGCUAA